CUUUCUCCGCCAUUGUGGUGCGUGAGGUUUGUUCUUCUUCACCAUGUCUUCUCACAAGACUUUCAGGGUCAAGAGGUUCCUGGCCAAGAAACAAAAGCAGAACCGGCCCAUUCCUCAAUGGAUUUGGAUGAAAACUGGUAAUGAAAUCAGGUACAACUCCAAGAGGAGACAUUGGAGAAGAACCAAAGUGUGUCUAUAAGGAAGGGCACAUCAGAGAUGUCUCAUAUUUAUGCUCUAUUCGUGUUGUCUGCCUCUUGGAGUCACAGAAAAGACCACCGCUGUGGGGACAGUUUGGCAUUUUAUUGGAAAUUGGAUUAUUUUUUUCUUGACAUUUUUCCUUGAGUAGUAGGUUGGUUCAUUAAUAAAUGUGAGGCCACUUAAAAAAAA